AUGUCUUCUUUUACUGCUCGCCUCUUUAAGAAUGGCUUGUUUCUCAGAGAGAUAGCUAUUCUGUCCAGUGAGUCUUCUUUUCUGCUUCAGAUCGUUGAUAAGCUCGUUAAUAAUCAGGCGCUGCUUUCCAUUGAUGUUGAUCAUUUGCCACUGCAAAUCGACUCCAACAGACGAAAGAUCAUUGUUUUGGAUUCAAUUCACUCAGGAAAGGGCAGAUCGUCAUCAAGCGAUCCAUAUCAGCAGCUCUUAAAAAUACUAUUUAAUAGUGAAAAUUUGAAUGUCGACCACGACUACUAUAAAACUGACUCAAUUGAUUUUAUCUCCAAUUUCUCUUCGAAUUUGCUUAAAGCAAUAGAUUCCUCCAAUAAAUUGCCUGUUACUCUAAUUAUUAUAUCUGGUGAUACCUCCAUUAAUGAGUUCGUCAACAACUUGCCUCACAUUCCUGAUUUUCAAAAUGAUAUCUUAAUCUCAGUUCUACCUUUGGGCUCAGGUAAUGCGUUAGCGAGCGAAUUAAAUAUAAUUGACCCAAUUGAUUCAAUUAAAAAACUAAUAUCAAAUUCUUCCAAGGGAUCAAAAUUACCUCUAUAUAACGCAACUUUCUCAGAUGGCUCCUACUUAUUUUUAAAUCCCGAAAUCAAAGUAUCUUCUUUUAAUUUCUUUUUAAUAUUCUCAUGGUGUUUCCAUGCUUCUUUGGUAGCGGAUUCGGAAGAUCCCUCUUUAAAAUCAAAAGGUGUUGAAAGAUUUCAAAUUGCUGCUAAUUAUAAUUUGAACAAAAAAAUUCAAACUUAUAACUGUGAUUUAUCGAUAAAUGAUCAACAAAUUGCUUCAAAUUCAAACUAUUCUUAUUUCAUUUUAUCCGCGGUGAAAAAUCUUCAGGAUAACUUCAAUAUAUCUCCUUUAUCAAAUCUAUUAAAUCAAGAUUUGUAUUUACUUUUAAUGCAUUAUAACAACGAUAUUGAUGGUCAAUCAAACAACAAAAAUCUAUUAAAUGUUAUGAAUCAAGCAUUUAAUAAUGCUAAUCACAUUGAUGAUACCAAUUUUUUUAAAUCAAAUCAAUUAGAUUAUUACAAAAUUAAAGAUUACAAAAAUCAUAACAAUGAUUUCCAAAUCAAUUUAAAAAUUAAUGAAUCAGAAAAAAACAUGUGUAGAGUUUGUCUUGACGGAACAAUAAUUGUUGUAGAUUCGAUCAAUGAUACUCAAAAAUUUGUCCAAAUCAAUAAUUCGGGAAAUAGUUACAAUAAUUGGAAUCUAUUUAUCUUAAAUUAA